GUAUCGUCAGCAAUGGCUUUCCAUCCCCCGCACUCAGCAGACAAGGAGCAGAUCAUGGAUCCCUUGCAGCAAAAUCUGUUUUUUGAGGGAUUUCUGAGGAAAAGGAAAGAUACCAUGAAAUUAACUUGGGCAAAAUACUGGUUUAAGCUUCAGAACACGACAUUGUAUUUCUACACCAAGAGAGACGCCGAACCCGCUUGUCUCCGUGGUCAAUAUCACAUGUAUUCUGCGCAGUCAGUGAGGUGCGUGGACACUUCAGAUGGAGACUUCACCUUUGAAAUCGUCAUGAAGAAUGGAAAGAAGAAAUUACUGAGUGCGGAGUCAGAUGAGCUGCGGGACGUGUGGAUACAGCUCCUGUGGAAAUCCAUGCAGCUUCCGGGCCCCAGCCGCUCCAGCUCCUCCUGCACCUGGUUUGACGUCCCGGAGCUCGUCCGCCGCGGUCACUCGGCUUCUCUUCCCUUCAUCUCUGAUCAGACUCCGAGCGACGGCGUCUCCGAGAAUCCACCAGGAUCGGUGCAACAAAGCGAAAGCUCCUCGUCUUUAGAUAACUCCAGUUUUCCAACAUCGACCCGAUCGGUGCGAGACUUUCACAGCGGAAGUGACGGUGGUGCCAAUCCUGACUCCAACAUCUACGAUUUUCCCAGACCUCACAUAUACCCUUCCACCCAACCUGCUGCGGCACCUGAUGCUGCUUCACCUGCGACUCUUGUUCCCUCAUGGGGAGAUGGAACAAGAUCUUUAUUUCCUGAUGCUGCUAGGGGGUGGGACUACAUGCCGAUGGAGCAGCUUAACCUCUGCGGUUCCCCAAUGCUGGGAGAAGACGGCGGCUCCAGUAUCCUGCUCCCAGAAUCCUGUGCAGUGCUCUCUGUGAUGGAGGCUCCAACACCUGGUGUGGAGUCGCAGCACAUGUUGAUGACCGAUUUGAACGUCUACGACACUCCAGUCCCCAUGACCUCACAGAGGCUCGCAGGGCUGGACACAGCUGGAACAUCAGAUGCCUAGUAUUCUGGAUUACUGGAGAGAGUUACACAGAGGUCUGCUCCACCUGCACACCAGGCACAUAGGGUGCAGAUUUCAUGGCGGGGGUGUCAACUCUGAAGAUGUGAAGGGGCAGGACUGCAGCAGAGGACUGUGGUGUAUGGGGGGGGGGCUGCUAAGGACUCCGGUGUAGAGGAGGGGGGCUGCAGAGGACUGCAGUGUAGAGGAGGGUGUGGCUGCAGAGGACUGCGGUGAAGAGGA